GUUCUUGAGAGUUCAAAUUCCGAACUUCCAUGAAAACAAUUUAAAAAACCCACUUAUUUGUCGAACUAUUCUGGGAAUAUAAUAUAAUAAUAUAUGAAAGAGCUGCUAAUAUUAAUAUAAUAUACCCCAAACUUCAAUUAUCAAUACCAUUUUUUAUUCUUGUCAUAAAGAUUUGUGUCAUCCAGACAUGAAUAUCACCAACUGAAGUUCUUUCUUCAAAUAAUAAUUCUAGUAUUGCUAUUCGGUUUGCAAGAUUCGGGUCGGGUUUUUAUGUGGGUUUUUCGAGAUCUCAAGUGAGUGGAACUCAAAAGAAGAAGAAGAAAAGGAAACCUGCAACUUUAAUGGAACCUUCAAUAUGGGGUUGGAAAUCUUUAGGGCAUUUCAUCCUCUUCUUGCCUUAUUUCAUUGGUCUUCUACUUCUUGGCUUCAUUAAAGGAAUCAUCUUGGCUCCAAUUGUAUGUGUUAUUAUGACAUUAGGAAACUCUGCUAUUGUAAUUGGUCUAUGGCCAGCACAUGUUGUGUGGUCUUACUUUUGCAUAUUGAGCGCUAAACGAUUAGGGCCCGUGAUGAAAGUGGUUGUAUGCGUAUUUAUCACACCAGUCAUGGCUUUCUGGCCCGUCGGAAUUGUUGUUGGUAGCGUUCUUGGUGGUUUGGCUUAUGGGUUUCUCGGGCCAAUGUUUGGAACUUUUAAGGCGGUUGGUGAAGGGAAAACCGACCAAUUUAUCCAUUGUAUUAUAGAUGGAACUUGGGACACUGUCGAAUGGAGCUUUACAUUUGUCAGGGACUUUUGUGAUGUAUGCUUAUAUUCGUACUUCUCGAUGAUGAACGACCUCCGAAAACAAGGCCUGCCCGAGGCUAAAAUUGAGAUUAGGGUGGUUUAUCUUCCUAUAGCCAUUGUCCUCGGGUUACUAGGACUCGUGGUUGACUUUCCAGUGAUCACGGUUAUAGCCGCACUGAAAAGUCCAUACAUGUUGUUCAAAGGUUGGCACCGUUUGUUUCAAGAUUGUGUGGGUCGAGAAGGUCCGUUCUUGGAGACCAUUUGUGUGCCGUUCGCAGGUCUAGCCAUCUUGCUAUGGCCAUUGGCUGUAGCUGGAGCCGUGUUAUGCUCCAUGGUCUCUGGUAUUGUCCUCGGUUUGUAUGCGGCUGUGAUUGUUUAUCAGGAAUCGUCUUUCUACCUCGGGCUUUGCUAUAUAGUAGCUGCAUUGUCGCUCUACGAUGAAUACAGCAACGAUGUUCUUGACAUGCCUGAGGGAUCUUGCUUUCCCAAACCUAAGUAUCGACGUAACCCUGGAUUGUCCGCUUCAAGUUCUUUCUCGAUGGGGGGUUCUUCUAGAAGUGUACCAUCACGGGCCGGAUCUGUUAGGGUCCCCAUGAUUGAAUUGAAGUCAUUCGAGUUGUUUGAUAGUUUCUUCAAAGAAUGCCGCCGACUAGGCGAACACUUGGUGUUGGAAGGAUUAAUAACUGUAAAAGAGAUUGAAGAUCCACAGUCGGUUAGUCUAUCGGCUUAUUGUACCUACCAAGGACUUCUACGGUCAGCAAAAGUCAACAGUCCAGGUUUAAUCAUGUCUGAAAAUGGUCCGGAGUUAACUCUUGCAAACAGACCCAAAGAUACGUUCCAUGAUUGGUUCUUGAACCCGCUUUUGGUCAUAAAAGACCAAAUCAAAGCACAAAAUCUCACAGAAUCCGAAGAAGUCUACUUGGGGAAGUUAAUUUUGUUGGGUGGUAACGCAGAGAAGUUGAAAAAUACCAACAUUGGUCCGCCGCCUGAGUCUGAGCUUAGACGAGCUGAACUUGAAGCACUAGCUCGAAGGGUUCAAGGGAUCACAAAGUCUAUAUCAAGGUAUCCAACUUACAGAAGAAGAUUUGACAAUAUGAUGAAGGCAAUAUUUGAAGAACUCGAUAAGAAGAACGGUAGCUACAAAGGACCUCAAACUGUUCGCAGGUCGAAAAGCACGUAUGGUCGCAUUUUUGGCUCACAACGAUCGUUUAGAAACAAAAGUAGCCGCGGGGUUAGGCAAGAAGAAGCAAGAGAUGUUAAUAAUAAUGUAUAACUAGAUUGAAAAAGUAUCUAUUUUUAUGAAUUCACACCUGCACCACAAUGGGGCCAUUCAAGAUUCUUUUUGUUUUUACAUCUUGUGAUCUGCAGUUGGAAGUAUAUUGCUUGAUGGAAUCAAUGGUGAAAAUGGUACUUUCUUUCUUGUGUGAAAA